UUUAAAACGGCAGCGGAACUGUUAAUGGAGACAAAGCUGGUAAUGCCGGACGUGCCGAGCCCCGGCAGCGAACCAGCAUUUAAUCGAGACACGGAGUCGUUGCUUCCACCUACUGUUGCUGCGCCCCAGCAGCCCAGCCGUGGUUGGAGCUGGCGUUGCAUCUACGAUGAAGUGAUGUGAUACAGCCAGUACAUCGUGCCCGUCGUUGUCGUCAACGCCGUGCUCGUGCUGGUCCUCGUGUACAUCUUCAUGUGGCGCUAGGGCCUUACCUAAGGCCAAAGUGUGUGGUGUCAACCAGGGGCCGCGUGAACCGCCAGCUUCCAGCGAAUCCGCGGCAACGCCAGUUUCUGACGCCCCUGGGGUCAAGCCGCCGCCUGCUCGGGGCGCGGAUCUUCGGGGGCUGAGCACAACUGGGUGUUGUGGCGUGAGGUCGCAGCUGUUGCUGCCGCGAGUCUGCGCACACGCAGCGUGUAGUUUGUGGACUCCACCUUGCCUAACCGGCUACGACAACGGUCACGUGUGUGUGCUCUCCAUCAGCCGCCUCUGAAACAGUAGCAGCAGCAGUAGUAGCAGUAGCAGCUGCUGCGCCACGCACCUACCAUGCGGACUGGACCCAACGACGCAGCAGGGCAGAAGCUGACCCAGCGCACCCGGCACGCCGCCGCCGCAGCAGCAGCGAGCCAGCAACACCCGUACGGGGCGCACCCCUACUACCAGCAGGGGCAGGCACCAGAGGUGGCGGCGCCGAUGACGCGGGCCGGUGGCGAGGGGGCGCCGCCGCCGCCGCACUGGCAGUUGCCGGUUGAGCUGCGCAACGCCGCCAGCGACAAGCUGGUCCUGCCCUCUCGCGCCGCGCUGACCGCGCUGCUGUCUCUGCCGCUGCUGCUGUGGGCGGGGGCAGUGGGCGCGGGCUGCCUGCACUGGGAGUCGGAGCUGCCAGACGGCGCCAGCAAGCGCGACUUCGAGCACCCGCUCAUCUGGUUUGACAGGCGUGUGUUUCGUGUGUGGGGCCCGCUGCUGCCGCUGCUGCCCUUCCUCAUCCGCGUCGCCGCGCUCAACCUGCGCCGCCGCCCGCAGCCCGGCGGCGGGGUGCUACUGCGGCCCGCCGCCUCACUGGCCGUGCAGGCGGGGCUGACGUACGGCAUCAUCAUUGUCGUACGGCUGCUGCUGUACGGCGGCCACGUGGCGCUGCAGCGGGGCGCGGGGGUGUACCUGGUGUCCGACCACCUGCUGCUGGCGGCGUCCGUGGUGGCGUGCUUCCAGUCGGAGCUGGUGCUGUGCUUCUCUGACGCACACAAGUCCGAGCUGCUGGCGCGGCACGACCCCGGGGCGGGCGCCGCGCAGGUGGCGGUGGUGUCGGGGCUGGUGAGCAGUGUGUUCGUGCUGGUGGCGUUGUACGGCGACAUGUACUGCACGGCACGCUGGUACCACCACCCCGGGGAGAACCUGGCCUCGCUGGGGCUGGGCGCGGUGGUGUUUCAGCUGCCGGUGCUGGUGUGGCUGAUGCGGCAGGCACGGUUCGUGCCAGCGGCGUAGAUAGGUGCGUAUGGUGGACAACGAAACGGAAACGAGACCCUCCCUAGGUGCGUGUGUGUGGCCGGUGGCGGGCGUGUGUGUUGGCAGGCGGAGGUGCGUGUGCUGGCUGGCGGCGGCGCAUGUACCGGCGGUGGAGGUGCAUGUGUGCAUGCGUUUGGCGGAACUUGUAUGGUCCUUUGGGGGAUAAGGACAUGGAGGAGGCGGGUUGCAGCAGGCUAUGUGUUGAUGGCGGCAUCAGCGCCGGGAGAGGGAAUGCCUGGGCAGUGAACGCAGUGCCUGUAUGUUGCCGAGUUGCGCAUACGGCGAGGAGGCUGUGCGAGAGGCGGUUGCUGACGCCUGUCGCACCUGGUCCAUACGGUAUCCUGUACUCAUCAGGCGCACAACAUGUAAUCAGUGCAUUUCGCAGGGUUACUCCUAGGGACGGACCCGCCCCCGUUCAUGCAGACCCCCAGCUGGCGGUGCGGCCAUGCCUGUUCCGUACAGGGGAGGUUCCGUACUAGCCCUGGUUCCGUACCUAGCCAUGAGCUGUAGCAUCGCUAGCUUGCAGUGUCAACGCAUCCAACGUCGCACACCAGGCUCGAUGUCGUAUAGUGGCAUGGCACAUACACGAUGCAUCUCUGACACCGCCACUGCACAGAGUCAAACAUUAUGCUGGAACUGUGCCAUGUGGCCCGUGCCAAGGAAUUUGCCCGCAGGCCCCUUUCGGCUCGGGGUUGGUGGAGUCAAGUUGGGCCCUGAUAGCAUGUAAUGGCUCGGCGUCUUCGGGUGCUGGGACUGUCCCCUCUGUAACAUCCGCAUUCU